UUUAAACUUUUGUUAUAGCUAUAUAGUAUUGUUAUAAUAGCACAAUAUAGUAAUAGAAACGAAUCAUACAAAUUUCUAUUUUGAUUUCUACUACCGAACUCACCUCACACACAUUCACAAAACAAAAUUAUUAAUACCUUUAUCAAAACAAGCUCAAUUAAAAAGAAACAAGUAUAUCGGCUACACCUGUCACAAGGCCACGCAAACCAGUCGGUGCGCUGCGCCCGCGCAAUCAUGUCUUAUCGAUAGCAUUAAAACUCGCUAUUAAAACGAAGUGAUAACGUGUGUGGGAACUAUAGCAUUCUAAAUAUGUAUUUAUCGUUAUUUAAAAAUAUAAGCAUACCACCUUUUUCGUGGUGUUUCGCUGCAAGUGGAGAAGACAGGUAUGGUUAUGCGGUGGUAUCAGAGUACUACGGGCGCGGCCUGUUCAACAAGCUGACGGUAGUGACGGAGUCGGGCGGCGUGGAGUCGCCCGUGGUGGCGAGCGCCCCGCCGGUGGCGCCGCCCGCGCCCGCGCCGCAGCCCUACGGACCCGGGGCUGAGGCCAAGCUCCGCCAGGCAGAGGGGCAGAGCAAGCAAUUAUACGCAUCAAAUACAACAAAGCAAAUGGGACCCAAAGGUACGACAGUGGUCCCCGUCGGCGAGGGGCGGAUGAGGUUACUCGAACAACAGCGCUACAGCUCAAGCCUAGAAGCAAACCUCAACAAGCUAGAACCAGUACACAAACCAUCCCCGUACUCCUCACCAAUCUCCGCCAAAAAACGAUUCGAAGACAAACCUCGUAGCACAGGGGUCUCCCCCGUCGUCCAAAACAUUUCCACGGCCAUAGCAAAUAGGACAAGCAAGAAUCCCUUCGAAGAGGACAAUUAUGAUGAAACUAAGAACCCCUUUGCUGAGGAGGCGACGGAACCCACGAAUCCGUUUAACGAAGACGACGAUUACGAUAAGAACUAUAAUCCGUUCUCGUGAAGUGAUUGUGUGGUCUCUAGGUUCUUGUUGACGGUCCAGGUGUUGUCCUGCGGUCCUGCUAAGCGAUAGUGGUCCUAUUGCUCACGGCAUGCCAUAUUAUAUGUAUGUACAGACGUAAAUCGCAUCAAUUGACUUUUUUUUAUUUUUCUGCAGAUUUCGUGACAAGUUCUAGUCUUGUGGUGUUUAUAUACUUUUUUAUGUUUUUUUUUUGGCAGUGAUUGGAAGAGCUUUCGUUGAUUCAGUUUUAAUACAUUUUAAAUGCCAGAUAACGGUUUAUCAUUGAAUAGUUUAGUUUCUUCUCUAUAUAAAAAUAGGCUUGCGCCCAAUUAUGCGUAAUUUUUUACCCUGGUAUUAAUAUAAUAUUGAAAUUAUUUCUAAAGAUCGAGAUUUCGUAUAAGAUUUAAAUGGUUUGAACGUAUAUUGCUUCAUUUGUCUUGCACUUUAACAAUCAUAAUAAAAUUAACUCUUUGAGUAUUAAAAAAAAAGCAUCUUUAUAUCUGUAUUUUCUUGUAUAUGUUAGGUUAUAAAUAAACAUUAACGCAAUGAAAGAAACGCUAAAGACUGGUGUGAAUAUAUAACAGUUUUAUUUCAUUUAUAUAAAAUCAAUUUAUUUUAAAACCCCAAUGCAAUACCAAUAUAUUAUUUAAAAUUCACUGCAAGUUUUUUUUUACUCAAAUUGGGUCUGACUUUAUCGCUUAAAAAUGUAUGGUUUAGAUCAAAAGUAUGUUUACGUCAAAAUGUAUAAUAAUAUAAAUGUAUAGACAUUCCUUAUGCGAUGCGCUUCAUGAAAUGUAUUGUAAAUUGGUACAUGUAUGGACACCAUGUAUUGUUUUGUAAGCUGUAUCCAUUUUGUAUCUUGGUUAUAUUAUGUGAUAAUAAAAGUAUAAUAUAAGUUA